AUGGGCCAUGUAUUCUCCCUAACCAAUCCAGUGCAAACUGUCGUUUCCUUCAGCACCGUAUCCUGCAAAGAUUUAGUGCCAUUCCACCUGGAAAAUGGAAAAGACUGCUUGGCAGUGAUUGAUCAUGGAACCACAUCAGAAGUGAUCUGUGGAACUGCACAGACUGGAUACAGGCUACUGAACUACCUGGGUACUAAACGUGCAGUAAAGGGAGCAGCAUUUACCUUGGGUAAUGAAUACCUGGUUGUGCUGGAGGACGAUUCAUUCAGCUCUUCCUCAAACCUAAAGACCUUCAAAUAUGAUCUGCAUUCCAACACUAUGGUCUUGGAGUUAAACCAUGAUCUGCAAAAGGCUUCUCACCUAGAUGCCCUGGCUGGAAAGCAUGAAGCUUAUGUAGCUGUAACUAACAGCAUCUCCCCUGUUGCUGCAGGGUGUGUGGAUAUAUUCACUGUUACUGAUAAAUCUGGAUCUGUGGAGAUGAAGAAAAUGCAGACUAUAAAGGUGCCUGGUGCUCUUGCAAGCAACUUUGGAGAAUUGGCCAAGUAUGAUGUGGGUCUCUUCGUCCAGACAGAGCACGGUGUUCAUGUGUAUGUUUUGAAGGGAAUGCAGUUCGUGCAUGAAAGGAUGGUUAAAACUGUACCUGCACGGAAACCCUUCUCGUUCCCAUUCUUCCAUACUGGCCAGAAUACGACCUUCCUUCUGUAUGCCGGAAAUGAUCUUGAUGGACAUCUAGAAAGGAAUGCAAGAGUGUAUGAAGCAGUCUACAGGCCUUUUUAAAUUUUUAAAAAUAUAUUUAAUUAGUACUUC